AUGAUUGGGAGUCUAAAGAAGUUGGAAAUUCUCUCUUUCUAUCAUUCUUCUUUCGGUGAUUAUUUUCCCAUUGAGUUAGCGAAUCUUAGCAACCUAAGGUCAUUUGAUUUGAGGUUUAAGGAGUCAUCCUGUCCACUUCGACCUGGUGUUUUGUCGGGUAUGAAGAAACUGGAAGAGCUGUACUUGGGAGGUAGCAUUCCAAUAGAAGGUGAAGACCAAAGGUACAUAAUUGAAGAGUUAAAUUCAUUGACUUCUCUUCAUACCUUCCAAAUUUCCACACUUAAUCCAAUUCUGAUGCAAAUAUUAAAAGCACGGUGCCUCGAGAAUCUGGAAAAUUUUCAAAUCCUUGGAACCACAACACCACUACGCGGUACUGGAAAUCAAUAUUUCACAAGGAGCUUGAGUCUCCGAGACGGUAUUGAGGCAAGUAUGCUUUUGCAACCCGUAAUUAAGUCGUUGAUGAAGAGGACUUACCAUCUUCAUAUAAAAGAAGCCAAGAUACUGAAGAAUGUUGUGAUUAAGAUGUCUUCCUGUAAUGCAAUUAAAAGCUUAUUUCCAGAGUCAGUUGCAAACAGAUUGGUAAAUCUCCAAAGUCUAUUCAUAUUGAAAUGUGUGAUGUUAGAGGAAGUUGUUUCAACGGACGCACGAGAAAAUGAAGUUACCAAAACUUGCAAAAAGCUCGAGUUUCCAAAACUGGAAAAAGUCAGGCUGGUGAAUUUGAGCAGAUUUAAGAGCUUCACAUCUCAAUCAAAUAGCGGUGUUGUUCAUCAAACAUUGUUCAAUCAGGUCAACUUUCCUAACAUGGAUUUGUUGCGUGUUGAUGGGUUCGAUUGUAUAGUAAAGCUACUGGGCAAGGAAAUGCCAAUAACAUCUCUGCAUAAACUAACAGGCAUGCGGGUGCUUGAUUGUUCUAAAUUGCUUACCAUUGCAGAAUCUGAUUCAAUUCAGUUACUGCAAAAUCUUGAAAGACUUCGUGUGCGUGGAUGUAAUGCACUUGAAGUAUUGUUUGACUUUGAGGGUAUAAAUAUCACUAAUGAUGAUGCAGAAAUUAAUAUGCUUGGUCGAUUAACAUCAUUGUGGCUGCGCUCACUACCAAAAUUGGUGCACAUUACGAGGAUGGUUCCAAAAAAAAUUCGUGUCUUCCAAAAUUUGAAAAAUCUCGAUGUUUGUGCUUGUGAGAACUUAAGAUACUUAUUUUCAUCUUCAAUGGCCAAUUCUCUUGUGGCUCUAGACUUUCUAAAGGUUUCAAAUUGUGAAUCAAUUGAAGAGAUUAUUGGAAAAGAAGAAGAAGGCACUUCAGAGAUUAAAAUAGUUGAAGGAAUGAAAACAAUAAUUGUGUUCCCUAAUAUGAGACGUCUACAACUCGAGGAUCUUUCAAGUAUUCAAAUGUUUUGCUCUCAGAACUAUGAACUUGUGUUCCCUUCAUUAGAGGACUUGACCAUUGAACAGUGCCCUGAGAUGAAAAAAUUGAGUCCAAGGCCACCAAGUGCACCAAAGCUUAGUAAACAUACAAGAGAACAUUACCAAUUUUUUGAUAUUUCCAAUUUGUUGGAUGAGUCAGGAGGCUCGCCAAAGGAGGAACCAAUUAGUAACAAAUAA